GCCGAGCUAGGCACUCUAGAAGCCCGACACAGUAGACUUGAGGGCUGGGCGGUCCUCAGAGCCAGUGGCGGCCGGAGUGCGCGGACUGCUUUUAUGAAGGACUAGAUUCCGCGGACCCGACCCGGGGCCUGGCUGUAAGAGGGAAGUCGGAGGUGGAGCCCCAGAAUAAAGGUCCCCUGCAGAGCGCUGGAACCAGAUUCAGGGCUGGCCUGUGGGGACGGAACGACCCCUUGGACCGAAGAAGACGCAGUGGGCCGUCCCAGGCGCCCUGCCAGUCUCCAGAGAAGGCCUUCGAAGUGAAACGAAUCGCUGCCGCGCCUCUAAAAGCCAGGUUCUGUCUCUAGCUUCUAUGGACUCAGCUUCUCCAGCAAGUGACCUUUGAGGAAAACUAACCAGUUCUUGCAACUCUAAAAUCAUGGCUCAUCAUUUGGUGAUGUUCAGAGAUGUGGCUGUAGACUUUUCUCAGGAAGAGUGGGAAUGCCUGAACUCAUAUCAGAGGAAUUUGUACAGAGAUGUGAUAUUAGAGAACUAUAGCAACUUGGUGUCAGUGGGGUGUACCAUUUCUAAGCCAGAUGUGAUUACCCUACUAGAGCAAGGGAAAGAACCCUGGAUGGUUGUGAGGGAUGAGAGAAGAAGAAGGAGCCUAGAUUUAGAAUCCAGAUAUGACACUAAAAAGUUAUUUCAAGAAAAGGAUAUUUGUGAAAUGAAUUUAUCUCAGUGGGAGAUAAUGGGAAGAAUUAGAAGUUGUGGCCUUGAAAACUCCUUUAUCAGAAAAGAUUAUAAAUAUGAGAAGUUUGAGGGACAAGAACACCUUCAAGAGGGAUAUUUCCGGCAAGUGAAAAAAACCACCUCUGAAAAAAUGCCCACUUACAGAAAACUCACUUCUCUUACUCUGUAUCAGAGUAUCCAUAAUAGAGAGAAACCCUAUGAAUGUGGGGAUUGCGGGAAGGCCUUUAGAGUACGCCAACAACUUACUUUCCAUCAGAGAAUUCACACUGGCGAAAAACCCUAUGAAUGUAAAGAAUGUGGAAAAGCCUUUAGACAGUGUGCCCACCUUAGUCGACAUCAGAGAAUUCAUACUUCUGACAAACUCCUUGAAUGUAAAAAAUGUGGAAAGAUCUUUACAUGUGGUGCAGAUCUUCGAGUACAUCAGAGAACUCAUAUUGGUGAGAAGCCCUAUGAAUGUAAGGAAUGUGGGAAGGCCUUUAGAGUAAGAGGACAACUUAAUCUUCAUCAAAGGAUUCAUACUGGCGAGAAACCCUAUGAAUGUAAGGAAUGUGGGAAGACCUUUAGACAGUAUGCACACCUUACACGACAUCAGAGACUUAAUAUUGCUGAGAAGUGUUAUGAAUGUAAGGACUGUGGGCAGGCUUUUUUGUGUAGUACAGGCCUUAGAGUACAUCACAAACUUCAUACUGGUGAAAAACCCUAUGAAUGUAAGGAAUGUGGAAAGGCCUUCAGGGUGCGGCAACAACUCACUCUCCAUCAGAGAAUUCAUACUGGUGAGAAACCCUAUGAUUGUAAAGAAUGUGGAAAGACCUUUAGUCGUGGCUAUCAUCUCACUCUCCAUCAGAGAAUUCAUACUGGUGAGAAACCUUAUGAAUGUAAGGAAUGUCGGAAGUUCUUCCGUCGUUACUCAGAACUUAUUUCACAUCAGGGUAUUCAUAUUGGAGAGAAACCCUAUGAUUGUAAGGAAUGUGGGAAGACCUUUAGACUGUUCUCACAACUUACCCAACAUCAGAGUAUUCAUUUUGGUGAGAAACCUUAUAAAUGUAAGGAAUGUGAGAAGACUUUUAGACUGCUAUCACAACUUACUCAACAUCAGAGUAUUCACACUGGUGAGAAACCCUAUGACUGUAAGGAAUGUGGAAAGGCCUUUAGACUUCAUUCAUCACUUAUUCAACAUCAGAGAAUUCAUUCUGGUGAAAAACCAUACAAAUGUAAGGAAUGUAAAAAGGCAUUUAGACAACAUUCACAUCUUACUUACCAUCAGCGAAUUCAUAAUGUAACUAAAUAAUUUAGGAAAGCCUUCCACUGUGAAUUUUGUGUUAAGGGGCAUUAGAAAAUAAAUUCUAGGGGAAAAGUUUUUGAAUAUAGGAAUCCCUUUUGCUUCGUGCUUACAGCUAACCUAAAUAGUUAGGUUUUCUUUGAAGGAAAGGAUAAAUUUCAUGAAUUUUUAGAAGCCUUUUCUUAUCAUUAAAAACUAUGUUAAACUUUGGGAAAUGUGUUCUAGAAAGAAACUCUUUUUUAAAGGAGUGAAUAUAGAAGAGCUUUUAAUCUUACCUAUCAUCGCCUCUUUUUCCCGUCUGUAUAAUAUAUCUAUGAAGGUUGCUAGGGCACUAUCUCAUUCCAAAAACUGAUAAUUGAAAGGAAAAUCAUUUAGCCUGCAUUUCCUGUUGAACUGUAUUUUAGAGUAACUAGAAGUUGAUGAGCUAAAGUUCUUUAUUAGAGAAUUUUGCAGCACAUAAUGAAAUAAUGGAUCUAGGUACAAUUCUCAGUGGAGGUUAAGACCAGUAGAUACCCACUGAUCAAUUUUAAUCUCAAAAUAGGACAAAACAUUUUGUGCCCCUAAUAAGUUACAGUAAGACAUACACAUGUUGCCAAAAAAUAUUGAACUGAAUCUAAGCAUCAAGAUCUAACUCCCAGUUUAGGGAAGAAUCACAGAACACAAGAACAUGACACAAGAAGAAGCAAUGAAACGAAUUUAAAAUGUGGGUAAUUCUACAAGAGAAAUGACCUGCCUUCAAAUUCAAUAAAAUAGCAUUGAAAAAAGGGAGGUGGAACUCUUAAAUAUUAAGAGUCUGAAGAAAUGUAUAUUAAUCAAAUGCAGUGAACUAGAUCACAAGUUGAACAAAUAUGUAAAAAGGACAUUUUUAUGACAGUUGGGGAAAUGGGAAUAUUGACAGAUAAUACUAAGAAAUUAUGUUUUUGUUAGGUAGCAUCGUAGUUAUAUAAAAAUGUUAGAGAUAAGUUUAUACACAUAAGAUGAUAUGAUGUCUGGAACUUUUUAAAAGUGCUCAUGUGGGGCACCUGGGUGGCUCAGUUGGUUGAGCAACCAACUUUGGCUCAGGUCAUGAUCUCACAGUUCGUGAGUUCGAGCCCCAUGUCGGGCUCUUUGCUGACAGCUCGGAGCCUGGAGCCUGCUUCAGAUUCUGUGUCUCCCUCUCUCUCUGCUCCUCCUCUGCUCGUGCUCUGUCUCUCAAUAAUAAAUAAACGUUAAAAAAAAUUUAAAAAAAAAGUGCUCAUGCAAAAGAAAAGGAUAAGCUUGUUAAAGUGAUGGUAAGAUAAGUCUUGAGUACAUAGUUUUUGUUUAUUUUGUUCUUGCUAUUUUCUUUACUUUUAUGUAUUUGAAUUUUUCCAUAAUAUUAUUUUAAAGAUAAAAUUAGCUCUGGAAUUUUAACCAAAUUGAAGUAAAUGAUUUUUUUAAAUGACUGCGUAUCAAAAUUUCUGGGUGUUGUCGAAGUUCUGCACAUUGGGAUAUUAAAUACGCUGUACUGUAUUUGGGAAAUACAGAUGGAAGAUCCAAAUUUUAUCUACUUCACCUAUUGCUACCUCUGUUACCAUGCCUGUCCCACAGUACUUCAUAUGUUUAAAGAAUGAGUUUAAAAAGCAGUUACUACAACUAAAUGUGGAAAUUAAUGGACUAGACCUUCAUUGUCAAAUAAGAUAGUUGCCAGCAACAUGUUGAGCACUCAAAAUUGAGCACUUGAAUUGUGGCUAGUUCAAAUUAAAAUGGUGUUAGGUGUAAAAUACACAUGAGGUUUUGAAGAUUUGGUUUUUAAAAGAAUGUAAUGUAUAUUGUUUCUCACAGUGUUUCUCUGCUGUGAUAUUCAGUGGGAUAUUCAGAACCCAAUUUAAGUGUCUUUCUGCUUCCAAGUGGCAUGUUUGCAUACUGAGAUCUUGGUUCUACCCUGAAUCAUCCUUUGUUUUCCUCCCCUUCAUGAAAGGUAGCCCGUGUUUAUAAAGCUGAAUAGUUUUCUCAGACUGUUUUUAGCCUGUAGAUGUCUUGGGAUCCCAAGGCCCUUUCACUUUGUACUAUUUCUGUCCCAUUAGGUUCAAGCUUGCAGUGCUUCAAGUAGUACCAUUGUCUUAAAAAACAUAUAUAUUUUUUUAAAUUUUACAAAAUUAUUAUUUUGAGAGCAGGGGACGGGCAGAGAGAGAAGGAGAGAGAAUAACAAGCACGCUCUGUGCUAUCAGCAUGGAGACCAUCACCAGGCUCCAUCUCAACACUAAGAUCAUGACCUGAGCUGAAAUCCAGAUGUGGUGUCAAUCUUCAACUGAGCCACCCAGGCACCACUAAAAACUGUAUUUUCUAUGAAUUUUAUUAGGGUUCACUCAAAGAAUCAACAGGCUCUUCUCUAUUAGGUUCCCUAUGAGGUUGCUGUAGAAAAAUGAGUUUGAAAUUGUUAGAAGCCCUAGUAUUUCACAGGAAAGAUAAAAGUUGGGUUCAUCAUUAUUUGGAGGCUAUAUUUUCAGGACAGCACUAUAUAUUUGAUUCCCACCCCCACCCCAGGCCCAUUAUAACUUUGAAAACCCUUUGCUCUCUGGAAACACUGCCAUGGAACCCUCUAUGUUUCUUUGAAAUUUAUUUGAAAUAUGCAGCAAUUGAUACUAAAAUGUGAUUUUUCUCUUUUGCUAUGUUAUGAUGGAUUACAUUUAUGAAUUUUCAAAUAUCGAUCAAGACUUACAUCACUGGAAUAAGCUCCAUUUGUUUGUAGUGUACAUUUUGUAUGUAGUACAUAAAUACAUUGCUGGAUUUGCUGAGAUUGCUAUGAUGUGCUAAUAUUUUGAGGAUUUUUUUUUUUUUUAGGAUCUUUGUAUCUAUAUUCAUGAGGAAUACUAGUUUGUAGUUUUCUUGCAUUCUACUGUCUUUGCCUCAUUUUGCUAUCAAGGUGAUUAUGGCCUCAUAAAAUGAGUUUCACAGAAUUGCUUCCUUUUCAUUUCUGGUAGAGGUAGUGUUGAAUUGUUAAUUAUUCUUCAAAUGUUUGGUAGGAUUCUCCAGUGAAGCCAUUUGGGCCUUGAAAUUCAUGUGUUCACAUCCUAACCCCCAAUAUAAUGACAUUAGGAAGUGGAGCCUUUUGGAGGAAACUAAGUUACAAUGGUGGAUCCCUCCUGAUUGAGAUUAGUCCCCUUGUAAAAGGGAUCCCAGAGAGCUCUCUUACAUUUUUGUGCCAUCUGAGGAUACAAGAAAAUGGCAGUCUUUACUCUGGAAGACAGUUCUUGCCAGAAACUAACCAUGCUGGCACACUGAUGUCAGACUUCAGCCUCAAGGAUUGUGAGAAAUAAAUUGCUGUUGUUUAUAAACCA